AUGAAGCCAACAUUCAAUCAAGCCACUAGUUCAAUGCAAGUAAUUCCUUGGAAAGAUGAUUUUUAUCUAGCGUUAAAUACCUACAAUACAAUUUCAUUUUUCACAUCAAAUGGACAGAGAAUCUUAUCAAAGAACCUAAAACCAAACUCUAUAAUUCGUUACAUUCCAUCAGGAUUUUUACUGUUCGAUCCGCAAAAUGUUGUUGGUCAAAAUGUUCAUUUCGAUAUCAUAAAGUUUACUCCAGUUGAUAAUUAUGAUCUUUAUCUCCGAAGUUGUGAAAACUCAAUGUGGAAUGAAGCCACAAAACUUCAAGAAAUUUAUAAUUUUGAUUCAGAUAUCUUUCAUAAAUUCUUUGUGCAAAAGAACGAAUUAAACAGAAGGAUUAUUGAUGAACAUUUGAGAGUAAUCAAAGAUAAAGAAUUUGUCUACAAUUUCAUCCUCGAAAACUCUAGUAUUUCCAGUGAUAUUGAAGCAGCAAUGAUAAAUGAAGGAUUAAAAAUCAAACCAAAUGAUCUGAAAUUGUUACAAACUAGAGAAAGACUAAGAAUAUUUACGAAUUUUCCAAGGACAUCAUUUAUGCAAACUGAAUGGAAUGACUUCAAAAGGUCUGACAUGAGAGAAACACUCCAAAAACUUUCUAAAAAUCAAAUGUUCAAAGACAUUUCAAUAAUCUUUCAGGAAUCAACAGAAGUUACAGAACAAGAGAAAAUUGACAUUAUCAAUCAUAUUUCUCCUUUUAUUCCACCUGAAGAAUAUGAAUGCUUGAUGCCAAAUAAUGUUGAAUAUUUCAAAAAGAAAUCUUUUGAAAUCGAUGAAAAAAUCGGUCAAACAGAUAUCUUAUGUAGAUUCUUGAAGAUUGGAGCUUCUAGAUUUCCAAAAGAAUUAUCUGAUCUAUAUCAGUCAUCACUUUCGUUUGAUGAAUUUGUUUGCAAUGCAACAGACUUUGGUGCUGUUAGGAAAAUAUCUUUUUCUGAUUUCCUUAAUAUGACUGAUGAAGAGAAGUUGUAUAUUUAUAUUUCUGGUUGUUCAAAUGGAUUAGAAGCGAAAGAAAUUAUCGAAAGGCAUUGCAUUAAUUACAAUAUUGAGAUUUUAAGCAAUUUAUUAUCAAAUAUCCUAUCUGAUUCGUCGAAGAUUUUUAAAGCAUCUUCAACAAAAGAAAGAAUUAAAUAUGUUGCUCAAAUUCUAGAAAUGUUUCCGACAAAAUCAAGUUUAGCAGAGAAACUUAUUAAUAACUCUACGAUUCUGCUUGAUGACCAAAAUAUAGCUGCGAUUGAACAAUCAUUAUAUUUCCUAAAUGAAGCAACAAAAGAUAUCUUGAGAUUAUUAAAAUUGAAUAAUCUUAUUUCAAAACCAAAAACAUAUAAUCAAAUAACUCCAGAAUUAAUCUUAUCUAUAGGAGAAUCUCUCCUAAAUUCAAAAUAUUUAUCACUCAGUAAUUGGUCAAUUUUCCCUAAAUCAGCAAAAAGAUUCCACAUAGAUUUGAAUUCUUUGACAUUUCGAGCAAUGCUUUAUUUGAAAGAGUAUGAAAGAAUAGUAAUUACUGAUAAUGAAAUAGAUAUAUGUUUAGAAUAUUGUGAUAAGUUGAUUAGAAAUGCAAAAUCAUGCUCACUUUCUGAUGAAUAUUUGAGUAAUACAGUUUUAAUUUUGGGAAUGAUUCCAGCAGAUAUACAACCACAAAAAGUUAAGAAGAUCUUCAACAGAAUUGGUAUUUAUGAUGCAUUUAGUGAACUUGACAGUACAAUUUCGCCAUCAAUCAUUGAUGCAACACAAGAUAAAACGAAUUUGCUCUUGAAUAUUUUAGAUAGAAAAACUAAUUCUCAAAACUUACGAGAAAACAAUUCAAAAGCAAAGUCGAUUUGCAAGAAGUUAAAUGAUAUUGAUAUUAUUAUGGUUAAUGAUUAUUUUGCAAAUAAGGCAGUUGAAUUGAAUGAUAUUGAUUUCGGUGUAGAAUUUAUUAAUGCAUGUAUCAAUGAGUCAACUUUAAUCUCAUAUCUUUCUAAUGAAAAUUGGAAUGACUCUGAUAAAAAGGUUUCCAUUAUUGAUGAUUGCAUUAAAUCAUGUUCUCCAAUGAACCUCGGAAAGUUUAUUGAGUGCAAAGAAAAAUAUCUAAGAAUUAAUGAUGUUAAUGAUGCAAAUCUUAUGAAGUUUAUUGUUGAUACUGAAAACUCUGCUGCCUGCAAUUUUGCAAAGUCAAAAUUAACUCAACAAUUGCCAGUUAUUGUCUCAAAUAUUCAUGAUUUAGAACAAUUUGAAAAAACAGUUAAAUCUCUUGAAGCAAAGCGAUUGAUUAGUUCUAAAGAAAGAAAUGAACUUUAUUUUGGUUUCAUUUCGAAGCUAAAAACAAGCAAAGAAGUUUAUGAUGCAGUCAAUAAUUUAUCAGAAAAUAUUGAUUUAACAGAUGAGUUAAUAGAUAGAUUUUGUUGUGGCUUUGUUUCAUCCAAUUAUGGUGAAUUCAAUUUCGAUUAUUCUGCUAAAGAAUUAAUUGGGAAUUGGCCAGAAUUGGGUUUGAAUUUUAACUUAUUGAUUUCUCUAUUGCAGCAGCUAAAGAAAAGGAAUAUUUUGAAGAAGGAUAUUGCACUUGACAUAGCAUUAACCUCUUUCAAGAUGAAAGAUGAUUCACUGAGAAAUAAUGCCAAACUGUGGUCUGAGAUAUUAGACGAAGAAAAUGAAAUGAUUUUACUUGAGAAAACAAAAGAUUUUGGAUAUAGCUUAGCUUCAAACAAGGAAAAUGUUGUUAAGAAAGCGACACAGAUGAUUAGUAGUAAUGAAGAUUUGCCUGCAUCAGCAAUCGAACAGAUAAUAGAAAGGAAAGAAGUAGAUGUGUUUGUGGACACUCCAAGAUAUGAACAAAUUGUUUCUUCAAUCAAAUGUCCAAAACAACUUAAAAAUGUUGUUUCUUGCCUCAAAGAAAUUGACAGGAAGGAUGACAUUGCAAGAUUAGCGACAAAUUAUUUCGGAAUUCCUGAUGCUUUAUCACAAAACACUGAAGAUGUUACAGACUUGGUAUUUCAUCUUCUAAAAAUUUAA